AUGAACUUCAGGUUUCAUAACCUGCUUGGAGCUCCUUACAGAGGCGGCAACACUGUAAUCGCCAACAACACAUUGCUGAUUUCGCCUGUCGGUAACCGAGUUUCCAUAACUGACCUCGUCAAAUCCCAAACUACAACACUACCUACCCAAUCAUCAUCAAAUAUCUGCCGAAUAGCCGUCUCUCCGGACGGCACUUUCUUGCUUACCGUCGACGAGAAGAGCCGCUGUCACUUCAUCAACCUUCGCCGGCAAGUAGUGCUCCAUCGCAUUACCUUUAAGAAGCCCAUCCAUGUUGUUAAAUUCAGCCCAGAAGGUUCACUCGUUGCUGUUGGAGCGGGCAAGUUGGUCCAGAUUUGGCGCUCUCCUGCUUUUAGAAAGGAGUAUUUCCCUUUUGAGUUGAUUCGAACUUUUGCCUGCUUCGAUGAUAAGAUCAUCUGUUUGGAUUGGAGUCCAGACUCGAAUCACUUGAUUGUUGGGUCUAAGGAUUUGACUGCAAGAGUGUUAUGCUUGAAUAAGAUGCGUGGCGGUGUUAAGCACGAGCCUUUUAAGUUAUUACGUCAUAGGGAUUCUGUUGUAGGUGCUUUCUUUGGUCUUGAAAAGAAAACUAAUAGAGUUUGUAAAGCUUAUACGGUUACAAGGGAUUCGUAUAUUUUUAGCUGGGCACUUACGAGUGACGAUUCUGAGCCACCCUCUCCUGCGACACCAGAAAGGGAUGUUGAAGGAAAUAUUGAGGUGGACGGUGAUGUUAAUGUGAAGAAGAGAAAGAACAAUGGCGAUAAGGAUGCUGAUAUGCUUGAAGAUGGUGGAUACUUGUGCAGAGGGAAGUGGGAAUUCUUGAGGAAGGACUGUUUUAUGCGGGCACCAGCAAAGCUAACCGCAUGUGAUUAUCAUAGAGAGUUAGACAUGGUUGUUGUGGGUUUCUCAAAUGGUGUGUUUGGCUUAUAUCAGAUGCCUGAUUUUGUAUGCAUUCAUCUUUUGUCAAUAUCAAGAGAGAAGAUUACAACUGCUGUGUUUAAUGACCUUGGAAAUUGGUUGACCUUUGGCUGUGCAAAACUGGGCCAGUUGCUGGUGUGGGAAUGGCGAUCAGAGAGCUAUAUAUUGAAGCAGCAAGGUCACUAUUUUGAUGUGAAUUGUCUUGCUUAUUCACCAGACUCACAACUCCUUGCUACUGGAGCGGAUGAUAAUAAAGUGAAGGUGUGGAAUGUUUCCUCAGGCUUCGCCUUUGUAACAUUUUCUGAGCACACUAAUGCUGUUAGUGCUCUGCAUUUCAUGGCCAGUAACCACUGCCUGCUCAGUGCAUCUCUGGAUGGGACUGUUCGUGCUUGGGAUUUGAUCCGUUAUAGAAAUUUCAAGACGUUUACUAGUCCUUCUGCAAGACAGUUUGUUUCUUUGUCUGCAGAUCAAAGUGGUGAAGUGAUAUGUGCUGGCACGGUGGAUUCCUUUGAGAUUUUUGUAUGGUCAAUGAGAACGGGCCGUUUGUUGGAUGUGCUUAGUGGUCAUGAAGGUCCUGUUCAUGGAUUGAUGUUUUCUCCUACAACUGCAGUCCUAGCAUCAUCAUCAUGGGACAAAACUGUGCGGUUGUGGGAUGUCUUUAAUGGAAAAGGAGCAGUUGAAACAUUCCCUCACACACAUGAUGUCCUCACAGUAGUUUACCGUCCAGAUGGAAGGCAGUUAGCUUGCAGCACAAUGGAUGGGCAAAUUCAUUUUUGGGAUCCAAUAGAUGGUGUGCUGAUGUACACCAUAGAAGGCCGCAGAGAUAUUGCUGGAGGACGACUUAUGACUGACCGGAGAUCAUGGGCUAACUCAACCUCUAGGAAUUACUUCUCAACCUUAUGUUAUUCCGCUGAUGGAAACUACAUUUUAGCUGGUGGAAGCAGUAGAUAUAUCUGCAUGUAUGAUGUUGCGGAUCAGGUACUACUCAGGCGAUUUCAGAUAACUCUCAAUCUCUCAUUAGACGGAGUCCUUGAUAAGUUAAACUCAAAGAAUAUGACAGAAUAUGGCCCACUGGAUUUGAUUGAUGAUGAUAACAGUGAUGUCGAAGAAGGUGUUGAUGUACAAACUCGUGGAAAAAUGGAUGAUUUACCAGGUUCCUUGCCUAAUCGUGGAAGGCCUGUUGCUCGAACAAAAUGCCUAAAAAUUGCGCCUACAGGUCGGACUUUUGCAGCUGCAACUACUGAGGGAGUUCUAGUUUACUCAGUUGAUGAAUCUUUCAUCUUCGAUCCAACUGACCUUGACAUAGAUGUUACACCAGAGGCUGUCGAUUGUGCUCUAAUGGAAAAUCAACAUACUAGAGCUUUGAUUCUUAGCCUUCGGUUAAAUGAGGACUCUAUCAUUAAAAAAUGUAUUUAUGCUGUUAGUCCGGCCGAUAUUCCAGCAGUUGCUUCAUCAAUCCCUCGUACGUAUCUGAAGAGAUUAAUUGAUGCACUUGCAGAUCUUCUAGAAAACUGCCCACAUUUGGAGUUUAUACUCAGAUGGUGUCAGGAGCUCUGCAAGGCUCAUGGGAAUCAUAUACAACAGAACUGUAGAAAUCUGCUUCCAUCGUUAAAAUCUCUGCAAAAAGCAAUAACUAGACUGUAUCAAGACCUAGCUGAUACAUGUUCCUCCAAUGAAUACAUGCUGCGAUAUUUGUGCUCGUCAGGUGCCCAGCAAUGAAUGUAACAACUGUUAUUCUUUAGGUGCUGGCACUUUGAUUUCCCCAAAAUGUCCAGUGAAUUUUUGACCUCACAAAUUCUGUUAUUGGCCCCAGCAAUUCAAUUCUUGAUGAAUUAUUUUAACCUUGUGACUUGAAUGUGAAUCUUUGUUAUCAUACACCGCCAAUAUAGAUAGGUUACUAGUCUGUUUGUUCAUGGACUGGAUAUAUGUGGUAUUAAAUUAAGAAUGAGAUAUGUGACGUGCUCUAGAUAUUGGGGCAUUAUCUCAGCUAUGCCUCGGUUAUG